AAAAUCCUUUAUAGAAAAUGAGGUUCUGCUUAUACAGUGGAUUGAAGAUCCCCCAGCAUGGGAUGUGCUUCCAACAAGUAAAAUUAUAAAUGGCUGCUGUGAAAUUGGGGGCAUAUGUGAUGUUUCAUACAAAGAAGAAUCCAGCCCAGCAAAAAUUUUAAACAUUGGAAGUAGAUCUGCAAUGCUGAAACAGCUUCACUCUUUAGAAAAAAAUCAGUCCAUCAAUGAAACCAGACCUGGAGAGAAUGGAGAAUUAGGGAGAGGGCACCGCCAGAAGUACCGCAGAAUACUGUCUGAAUCGGAGACCAGUGAGGAGUAUGAGUCUGUCAAUAAACAAGUUGCUGCAAAAAACAUCAACAGGAUAAGAGCCAGAUCCUUUCUACAGCAGUAUCAGCAAGAAAAAGUGAAAAUCGGCCCCAACACAUCGAUCACAGCAGACCAGUUUGCCCAUAUAAAAUGGACAGAGCCAAAAAAAGCCACAAAAGACCUAUUAAUUGCAGUGUUUGGAAGAGAAACCAUUUCAACGCACUGUUACACAGGAAAAAGUUCAAAUGCUUUCAAGAAUAAGGCAGCAAAGCUUCAACUGGACAGUCUUAAAGUUUCUGACAUCAUUAGCUACAUCAAAACUAAAUUCAGCACAGAACCAAGUGUAAUUAAGAAGGCCAUCUCCGAGAAAUGUGCAGAUGAAUUCAAGCUAUCAAAAAGGCGCCACAGCAAUUGUGUGUGAGGCAUCGAUUGGUUCAGGAUGGUUUUUAGAUGUUUAUAUACAUAUAUGUAUAUAAUUGUUUUGUCUUUUUGUUAAAGCCUGCAAUAAAUAUAAUGUAGUGAAUAUUAAAAGAAAAUAAAUAAAAAUAAACUAAUAGUGAAAAUUCAAUAAUAAAGUAAUUCAAGUUAUGAAGGGAUGAAAGAAAUAAAUACAAAUAAAACAA